CGAUCAUCACAAUGAUCAGCAGCAACAUCAGCAGCAGCAACAACCAACAACGAAAACCAUGUCCUGGACCAAUUCUUCACAACACAAGAAAUCCACCAACACUGUGGCUGUCACAGCAACACCCUCAACGUCUCACAAUCCAGGAUACAACAAACAAUCAAACUCCUCGAUCAAUUCGUCGUCUACCUCUACCCAUAGUCAUGGCACCCGAACCUAUACCAAUCAACAGCAUCAUAGUUAUCAGCAACAACAACAAACCACUCAGACCCGUAAUUAUGGAGCCAUGAAAAUGCCUUCUUCUCCUGUGGCCACGGGCCCGGGAGCAACAAAUUCCUCCAACACAGAACGUAAACAUAGCCAGUCCAGUGAUCAUGCCGGCGGCAAUAAGCCACAUCAGGCCACCGCUUCGACAACAGCAACGCCACAUCAAUUUCAACAAUCAUCGGCAACAAAUGAGGGUGGCAAUGCGGCUGCCAGCAAACAACAAAGGAAACAAAGUCUUGUGCAGCAGCAACAGCAACAAGUAGCUGCCGCCAGCCCCAACACAACGACUGGCACCAAUACUACCCCCUCAGCCACAACAAAUGACACCAGUACACCACCCAUAAAUUUGGCACCACCGGCAUCAUCAUCUGCCCAGGCUGCACCCUCAACACCAUCAUGGGCUAGUCUUUUUACAGCAAGUGCCUCUCCGGCUGCCUCGGCCAGUCCAUCCACAGCUGCAGCAAAUCAAAACUCUACACCCAACAACAACACACUCAGCAACACCACCAGUUCAGCAUCCACCAACACCACUGCCAAUUAUGCACAGAAACCCAUUGCAAAAGUUGCUCCCUUUGAGAGUGUAGCUUCUACGGCCACACCGGUCGUAACUCCAGGUGCCUUGUCAUAUUCAGCUGCUUCAGCUCAAAAUUUACCAACACCACCGUCCUCGACCACCAACAACAAUAACAACAGCAAUUCAUCUGCCAUGGCUGCUGGUGCAGCUGGCGGAUCCCGGAAGAUCACAAAUUUGGCCAAUCUCGAUGAAUAUUCAUUGAAAUUUGCCGAGUUCCUAACCAAAUAUAAAAGUGAUUGGACCACAAUCAGUCUGAGACCCAGAGGCCUUACAAAUCGUUCGAAUUAUUGCUACAUUAAUUCGAUAUUGCAAGCAUUGCUUGGCUGUUCGCCGCUAUACAAUUUGAUGCGAUCCAUACCGAAACAGGCGGCUAAUUUGUGUGAAGUGAAGACGCCAACUGUUAAUGCCAUGAUGUCAUUCAUGUCGAAUUUCUCCAAUUUGCCAAGUGGCCUUCGCCUACGUACCGCCAAGGGUGGUAAAGGCAACAACAAAGAUGAUUUAGCACAAGAACUACAAUGUGAUCCUGCCUUCGAACCAACCGAAAUCUACAAGUUAUGGAAUGACAGUCGCGAAGAACAUGUCGAAGGACGGCAAGAAGAUGCUGAAGAAUUUCUCAGUUAUAUUUUGAAUAAACUCAAUGAUGAAAUGUUAGAGGUUGUAAAACUAAUUGCCAAACCAAAUGCCGAACAAAAUGGACAAAAUGAUCAAUCGGAAGGUGAAGACGGUGACGUUUGGCAGAUGAUAUGCAAUAAUCGCAACAAGGGCAGUGUAACACGUCAAACCGAUUUUGGCUGUACACCAUUGAGUGAUAUAUUCCGUGGUGAACUUAGAUCACGUCUACAACGUGAAGGUGAACAUCCAACUGAUGUUAUCCAGCCUUUCCUUACGUUGCCUUUGAAUAUUGAGAAAGCUGCCUCGGUCAAAGAAGCCUUAGAAAUUUUAGUUGGCCGCGAUCAAUUGGAAGGUGUUACCGGAAGUAAAAGCAAACAAGAAGUUCUGGCCUGGCAGCAAAUGAAUGUUGAAAAAUUACCACCAAUUUUAAUUUUACAUUUGAAAUGGUUCGAUUAUCGUUCAGAUGGUUGCACAAAGAUAUUGAAGAAGGUCGAAUUUCCUGUCGAUUUGAAAAUUGAUGCCAAAAUCUUGGCAUCCAAGAAGUACUCACAAAAACAACGAGCUUAUCGUCUGUUUGCUGUCGUCUAUCACGAUGGCAAAGAAGCUUCCAAGGGUCAUUACAUUACGGAUGUUUAUCACACCGGCUAUGGUAGUUGGUUGCGUUACGAUGACAGCUCUGUCAAGUCGGUCAGUGAAAAUCAUGUUCUUUUGCCAAGGACACCACGUGUGCCUUAUUUGCUUUACUAUCGACGCUGUGAUACAAUACCCCAACAGAACAACAACAGCAACAAUAGCGGUGGUGGUAAUUCAUCAUCGGGCGGAAAUAAUGCAUCCGGUGGUCAUAAUACACCAAAAUAAA